UGACCCGGCCUCAGGGGGAGGGGCGCGCAGAAGCCACUCGCGGGGCGGGCCUCCCUCUUCUGCCGCAGUAACUAGUCGGCUGGCUGUGGGUCUGGUGGUCUUUCAGCUGCAGCACGGACCUCCGCCGCCUGUGUCUUCGGUCCUUGGCCUUACUCGCCCCUAUAAGGUCCCCUGCACCCGCGAAGAAGCUACUCGCGGGCUGACCCUGCGGCUGCUGCAGGACAGUCUCUUCCCUGGAAGGGCUGCACAGCCCUCAUCUGCUAAGCAGCCGCUGCUUGGUCACCCGAAGGCCGGGCUGCGACUGCAGACGCCAGAUCGACUGCGGGAGCAGCGACUGCCCGGCGCCUCAGAGGCUGAGAGGAGGCGGCCACGCCCCACGAUCACACCCCGGCGGCCUCUCCGGACCGGCGGCUCCAAGCUUCUGCGCCACAAGGCAACACCGUGCUUGCAGGUGAAGAACCGCAGCCUCGGACCCGGACCUGAGACCCAAGAUGGGUGCGGCCGCGUGACUAACUGACUGAGCAUUCCCGAGGCUUCGCUCUGAGAACGCGCCGCGAAAGGACGACAGCCAGCGGGACUCUGGUGUCCUUUGUUAAUUGUGGUUGCGUGCAGCUUGCCUCCAUCGGGUAUAUUUGGGGGCAGUGCCUGCUGUUGUCUUAAGUCCCAGAGCACUGGGAGCCACGGUGUAACUCGCGUGUUCGUGGAAUUGGGCCCUUGAUAGUUGGGGAAAUGGCGAUGACACUGUUGGAAGACUGGUGCAGGGGAAUGGAUGUGAACUCCCAGAGAGCCCUGCUGGUCUGGGGGAUCCCAGUGAACUGUGAUGAGGCUGAAAUCGAAGAGACCCUCCAGGCUGCGAUGCCCCAGGUGCCCUAUCGAGUGCUUGGGAGAAUGUUUUGGAGGGAAGAGAAUGCGAAAGCAGCCUUGUUAGAGCUCACUGGCGCUGUGGAUUACGCGGCCAUCCCCAGAGAGUUGCCCGGUAAAGGAGGGGUCUGGAAAGUGGUCUUUAAGCCUCCGACUUCUGAUGCUGAAUUUUUAGAAAGGUUGCAUCUCUUCCUAGCGAGAGAGGGGUGGACCGUGCAAGAUGUGGCCCGUGUCCUUGGGUUUCAGAACCCCGCUCCGGCCCCACGCCCAGAUAUGCCAACAGAGAUGCUGAACUAUAUUUUGGACAAUGUUAUUCAGCCUCUGGUUGAAUCCAUAUGGUACAAGAAGCUGACGCUGUUCUCGGGGAGGGACAUCCCGGGGCCUGGGGAGGAGACCUUUGACCCCUGGCUAGAGCACACUAAUGAGGUCAUAGAGGAGUGGCAGGUGUCUGAUGUAGAGAAGAGGCGGCGGUUGAUGGAGAGUCUUAGAGGCCCUGCAGCUGACGUCAUCCGCAUCCUCAAGACUAACAACCCUGCAAUAACUACCGCGGAAUGCCUGAAGGCGCUUGAGCAGGUGUUUGGCAGCAUCGAGAGUUCUAGGGAUGCGCAGGUCAGGUUUCUGAACACUUACCAGAACCCAGGAGAAAAGUUAUCGGCUUAUGUCAUUCGUCUGGAACCUCUGCUGCAGAAGGUGGUGGAGAAGGGGGCCAUAGAUAAAGAUAACGUGAACCAAGCCCGCCUGGAGCAGGUCACAGCAGGAGCCAACCACAGCGGGGCCAUCCGAAGGCAGCUGUGGCUGAAUGGAGCUGCAGAGGGGCCGGCUCCUAACCUCUUCCAGUUGCUGGUGCAGAUCCGCGAGGAGGAGGCCAAGGAAGAGGAGGAGGAAGCUGAGGCCGCCCUCCUGCAGUUAGGCCUGGAGGGGCACUUUUGAGUCCUGGGAAGUGGAGAUUUAGCACAGACCUAGACAACAGCUUCUUUCAUUGUGUCUGUGCUGUCUUAUUGGUGUGUCUCCUAGUCCUGUUUUCUUGGGGGGAGUCAGGCCUGUGUAUUCUUUUAACAGUAAAAUUGUGCAAGCAACCACCCUGAACUGCUGAUGUGAGUCAUGCUAGCGAAAAUGCCAGGUAAAGACUUGUACACAGGUGUUCAGUGCAAGCGGUCAUCAGGGCAUCAUCAUCAGUUGUGAAAAACAUGAACUUGUGACACUUCUCAUUGAGGUACUUAAGUGUGAAAUUGAAUGUUCAGACCUUUAGUUCAGAGCCUGGCUAACACAAGUGUUCAGUAAAAGUAUGAAUGUUAUUACUAAUAAUGUGAAUAGUUUUUUGUGUUUACCGUAAAUUGUUCCUGUUUUAUGUUAAUGGAAAGAAAUGUGAACUAGCUAUUCUUGGUGAUUCAGCUUCACAGUGCUAUUUUUUUUAUUUUUCAACUGUACACACCUGGAUCAGUUUCAUUGAAAAGUAUUCUCAGACUACAAAAUGGUGUGUUAGAAAAAUUCUACAAUUAUAGAGCUGUGUAAAUUAGAAUUUUUCCUGUACAAGAUACAGAUAUAAAUUCACAUGGGGAAGUUAAUAUGAACCAGUUAAGUAUCCAUUCCCCCAUUUCAAAUCUUUGUCAUUGAGUAGUAGCUCUCUUUAUUCAUGCUGUUUUAAGUGUUCUAAAUUCAAAGUUAUCAAAUACAUAUAUAUCAAAUACAUGAAUAAAUAUUUUUAAAGUCUC